AUGUCUUUCCAGAACUUCGAUUCUUUCCAGAACCAGCACCCAGCGGCUGACGCCGCCGCUGCCGCCUCCGGCGCUCCCGCCACUGCGGACACCACUAUGACCGGCCAGGCCGACCCUGCUACUGCUCCCUUCCAGGGCCCUGCUGGCGAGCCCACAGCUGCCCCUGUUCCUCAGCAGGGUGCCGACGGCAAGACCACUCUCUGGAUGGGUGAGCUCGAGCCUUGGAUCGAUGAGAACUUCAUCCGCAACCUGUGGUUCCAGAUGGGCGAGCAGGUCAACGUCAAGAUGAUCCGUGACAAGUUUUCUGGGAGCAAUGCUGGCUACUGUUUCGUUGAUUUCACCUCCGCCGCCGCUGCUGCCAAGGCCCUGUCUCUCAACGGCACCCCCAUGCCUAACACCAACCGUGUCUUCAAGCUGAACUGGGCUACUGGCGGUGGUCUCGCUGACCGAAGCCGUGACGACCGUGGCCCCGAGUUCUCCAUCUUCGUUGGUGACCUUGGCCCCGAGGUUAACGAAUACGUCCUUGUCUCGCUCUUCCAAAGCCGAUUCCCCUCUUGCAAGUCCGCCAAGAUCAUGACCGACCCCAUCAGCGGCAUGUCUCGUGGCUACGGUUUCGUUCGCUUCUCCGACGAAAACGACCAGCAGCGCGCCUUGAGCGAGAUGCAGGGCGUCUACUGCGGAAACCGCCCGAUGCGCAUUUCCACCGCCACUCCUAAGAACAAGGGCCCUGGAAUCAUCCCAGGCGCCAUGGGCAUGCCCGGUCCUGCAGGCAUGUACCCUCCGAUGGGUGCCCCUCCCAUGGGCUUCUACGGUGCUCCUCAGCCCAUGAACCAGUUCACUGACCCCAACAACACGACAGUCUUCGUUGGCGGUCUUUCCGGAUAUGUUACCGAGGACGAACUCCGCUCUUUCUUCCAGGGCUUCGGCGAGAUCACCUACGUCAAGAUCCCCCCUGGAAAGGGCUGUGGCUUUGUUCAGUUCGUCCAGCGCCAUGCCGCUGAGAUGGCCAUCAACCAGAUGCAAGGUUACCCGAUCGGCAACUCUCGCGUUCGUCUGAGCUGGGGUCGCUCCCAGAACAACUCCGGCCCUGCCGGCAGCCCCUACCGCCCCGCUCCCCCACCUCCCCCCAUGUACCCUUCCAUGGGCAUGCCCCCGGCACAUCAGUAUGGUGGAUUCGCUCCUAUGAAGGUUGGUAGCCAUCAGAAUACUGCGCCAGCUCCCGCAUCUUUUGAUGAAACCCUUGUUAACGAUUACGUUUAG